AUGAAGGCGAAAAUCUCGAAGGAAAACAUCAUACAAAUCCUUCCGUUUGUGUGCUUUUCCAUGGCGAAGAAAAAAGAACUAAGGAGGUUUGAGGGGAAUUCUUUUGAAGGUUCAAUACCACCUUCAUUUUCUAAUCUGACCCUUUUACAGGAGCUGUUUGACAAUACUUUAUCAUUGGGACUCACAAAUGAUCAUCCCAACAUGCAGAUUAUACAUAGGAAAGUUCCCCUUAUUCUUGGUCAAUGGGUUUCUGAGAUUAAAGAUGACACCAAACGACUAGUCUAUUGUGCUCUCAUCAGGUUGCUGCAGGACAGAGACUUGUGUGUUAGGGUUUUCUAUGUAUGGUUUGAUGCACCUAUUGGAUACGUGUCAAUUACUAAAAGCUACACACCUGAAUGGGAGAAGUGGUGGAAAAAUCCUGAAAAUGUGGAGCUGUAUCAGUUUAUAGGAAAGGAUAAUGUUCCAUUUCACACUGUAAUUUUUCCUUAUACACUUAUUGGGACUGAGGAGAGCUGGACUAUGAUGAAGACUAUUAGUGUUACAGAGUACUUAAAUUAUGAAACGAGUAAAUUAUCAAAAAGUAAGGGUGUAGGUGUAUUUGGAAAUGAUGCAAAAGAGGCAAAUAUUCCUGUAGAAGUAUGGAGAUACGAUUUGUUAACAAAUAGACCUGAGGUAUCAGACACGUUAUUUACAUGGGCAGAUUUAAAAGCGAAAUUAAACAGUGAAUUGCUAAAUAAUUUAGGAAAUUUCAUAAACCGUGUCUUGAGCUUUAUAGCUAAAGAAUCAUGUUUAGGAGCAAACAAAAACUUGACAGGGACUGCACGUUAUGCUAGCUGUAAUACCCAUUUGGGAAUUGAACAAAGCCGGCGUGAUGACUUGGAGUCUCUGGGCUAUGUUUUCUUGUACUUUUUGAGAGGAAGUCUUCCAUGGAAGGGUCUAAAAGGUGCAACAAAGAAGCAAAAAUAUGACAAAGUAUGUGAAAAGAAAGUAUCUACUCCUAUUGAGGUUUUAUGCAAGAAUCAUCAUGUGGAGUUUGCCUCUUACUUCAAAUAUUGCAGAUCUUUAACAUUUGAUCAAAGACCUGAUUAUGGAUUCUUGAAGCGCCUUUUUCGUGACUUAUUUACGCGAGAAGGAUUUGAUUUUGAUUACGUAUUUGAAUGGACAAUCUUAAAGCAUCAGCAGUCAGAAAAGAAUAAACCACAGAAUCAUUCAACUGAGCAAAUGCAGAUGACGUUUGUGGACCGAAUGGCAAGUGCAAACAUUCCAUCUUUGGCUGCUAUGGAGCAGACCCGAAUGCUAGCACACACUUUAGUUCAGAACACCAAUCCACAGUUUCAGAACUCCAAGUUCCUUCAGUUUGUUUCAAAGAUGAGUCGUGGGGAAUUGACGAUUGAGGAUAACCAAGCCAGGCCUACAGGUGGGGACUGGGCAAAUGAAUAUCUUAAUCUUAUCUACAGGAUUUCCGUGUUGUUCUUGAUCAAGAGUUGGGAUUGA